CGAGAUCUUUGCGCCGUACAACGUAACUCAUCGCGCUGAUUCCGAAUAUGUAAAAAUCUCAAAUACCGCUUCUCUAGAAAAAAAUCAUCAAAUUUUGAUAUGCAAACACUUGUGAUAGGUAGAGAGUUUCACAGCUCGAAUCAAUCCAAUCUUAUUUCGAUUGUAAAUCUUGAAAACAAUCAUAUACAUAAUUGCAGUCUUUGACUUUUGUAUACGACUAUAAUGAUGUAUACUGACGACCAACAUGCGAUGACUCUAAUGCUUAUAUGGGGGGAUAUACAAACACGAAAAGAGAAAAGAAAUAAAACAAUGAAAGAAAGACUCUUUAUGGCAUAGUUUUAUCACAGAAAUAUUGUCUCUGUUUUAGAUGACAUCUCUCCUGGUGAAUGUUCAAGUUCGUGGUUUAAAUUUAUCGUUCAGAUCUGGACCAACAACAGAAGUUUUAUGUUUGUUGAAUAUGGUUACAGAAGAAGAAUUAAGAGAUGAUGAAGAAUUUGAAGAUAUAAUGGAAGAUGUCCGUGAAGAAUGUAGAAAAUAUGAUUUGGUUAAAAGUAUUGAAAUACCGGGCCCAAUAAUGGGAGUUGACGUGCCAGAAGUUGGAAAGAAACAAGAAAAACAUAUAUUUCGUGAUAGAAAAACCCGUAUCAAUAAGUCUGGUAAUAUAUGUAAAUGUUUUAUUACUGUUGAUGUUAAUCAAUAUUUUAUGAACCCACAGACACGUGCAAUUUGUAUUAAAAGACCUGAUAUAUCGAUUUAUUAUGAUAAACCUGUUGAAAAAUAUAGUUGUGUUCGUGAAAGUGUACCACAUACAAUAAUAGAGGUAAUUAAUGAAGGUGAUGAGAAAAAGGACUAUGUUACUAAUGUUAAUUUAUAUUUAUGUAAUAAUGUCGAUGAUUAUAUUGUUAUAAACCCAUUAAAUGAUAAAUAUUCAAUAUGUCACUAUACGACGAAUGGUUCCAUUGAUUGUAUUGGUAAACAAAUAUUAAAAUUAACAUGUGGAUGUCCAUUAGAUAUUUAA